AUGGCUGACAUGUUCUCCCUCAUCACCUUCCUUGGGCUGCUCCUCGCUCCUCUUGCUUGCUCGCAGGAUAUCGCGGAAACCUUGUGCGGGCAAUAUGGCGUCUACUCUGCUGAGCCAUAUCUCUAUAACAACAACGCUUGGAAUGAGAUCUCGAACAGUGUAGAGGGAGCAUUCCAUCCCUUCUAUACCCUAUGGAAGUGGACCUCGGAGCCGCCCGUGGUCCACGGCUUUCCCGACAUCGAACUCAAGACCGACCUUCUGCCGCUGCAAGUCAGCUCGCUGCAUGCGCUCAACGUUUCCGCAUCAUGGUCGCUCAAGCCGGUGUCUCUGAUCCCAGGCGCCUCUGCCGAUCCCAACACGCAGCCAGACGCCGAUGCCCUGCAAGCAAAUGGCAUCCAGUGCAAUGUCGCUCUUGACAUGUUUGCCGACGCGAAUGCAGAAGCCUCGCAAACUCCCGCCAAGCAGAAAUACGAGAUCAUGGUUUGGCACGCUCGAUUCGGCGCAGCUGCUGUGCCGAUUGGCUGGACGAGCGGUGCGGUUGCUACCAUCACGAUUGGCGGCUCCGAUUACUCGCUGUACACUGGCACGAAUUCCAACGGCCAAACCGUCCUCACCUGGCUCGCCAACGAGACGGUGACGGACUUUAGCUUCGACGUUGCCCCUUUGAUGGGUUUCCUUGUUGACCAGCAGCACCUACCUAGCGAUGUCUAUUUAGGGACGAUCCAGUUCGGCAGCGAGACCUUCUAUGCCGACAACCAGAUGAACUUCUCCGUCUCGGCCUUCUCCGCAUGCCAUUGGGAAUCACCGUGA